CUGGUUGGAGAUGGGAGCGCACAGCGCAGCAGCAGCAUCACGUCUGAAGAUGAAUCCAAGGAAGGAGACAUGAAAUCCAACAAUACCGAGCAGGUGCGCUGGGGAAGAUAUGGCAUUAGGAAACCAACCUGUUUUUGGUGACGGCGUACCUGCUCGCUUGGAUCAAUAAUAAAACCUCUGCUGUUUUUUCCUAUCGCCUUUUUUUUUUUGCUGGUUUUCCUAUGCAUCCCCCCUCCCCACCACCUACACUGCUGGCACAAAGGCGCUUAUUUUGAGAAGCUGCACCUGGGAUUACAGUCGGUGCGCAGGGCUGAGUGAUCAGCUGAAUUAUAAAAGAUGGAAUAAGAAGCGGUGGCAGUAAGUGAAAGGAGCUGGAUUCAUUUACUUUCUUCUUUUAAUGUCCUGUCUAACCCCCCAUCCGUCACCCCGUGAAGACCUACUAUAGUGUCAUUGUCUCCAAGCGAAAUUUGUUUAAAAAUUUUCUUUUUUUCAUGAAAUAUGCAAAAGAAACACUAUUAUUUCCCCAGAUUAGUGUUUUUUGUUAUCCAUGACGCAUUGACAGUUUUCUUUCCCUCUGAAUGAACAGCCGGUUUCUCUUGUUCAGGAUGCGACUGCGCAACCUUCGCCAAGUACAAGCAAUUAGGCUGUGUGUUUGCGCACUGCUUUCCUAAACAACAAACAAACCCACGUUUUUUGUUUGUUUAUUUCUUUUUUUGUGUUUUAUUGGACUUGACCAGUUUUGUAUGUAAAGGGGAAAAAAGAAAGAAGAGAGAAAAAUAAAACAACUGUGGCGUACUGGACUCUGGGGUCAAACGGUGCGCCCUUGGCAUCACACCAACCCCCAUUUGUGUCUAAACCUUGAUCAAGGAAAAUAAUUUAGGAACAAUAUGGUGGAGCCUGUUGGAUUCAUGGAAGCUUGGAAGGCGCAGUUCCCUGAUUCGGAACCCCCCAAAAUGGAGCUGCGGUCCAUUGGAGGUAUAGAGCAGGAGCUGGAGAAGUGCAAAGCGUCAAUCCGACGUCUUGAACAAGAAGUGAACAAGGAGCGUUUCCGAAUGAUCUAUCUGCAAACCCUCCUGGCCAAAGAGAGGAAAGGCUAUGACAAACAGCGGUGGGGCUUUAGGAAGACACCUCUUAAUGAGGGGGUAGACCCUGCUGCCCCUCAGGGUGCAGAGUCACCAUCUCAUCAGCCCCACAUGCAGGAGACUGGUGGAAUCGGGGGUACUGGUGGGUAUGCUGUGAUGGAUCGGAGUCGCUUUCAGCCGCUUGCAGAUGGUACAAGCAGGUCGAAACCUAGGCCUCCACCAGCCAGGAAGUCUGCUUCCCAUGGAGAUGGCUUGGAGUCAGCAUUUGACUCACCCCAACAAACUGAGUCUACAUCCUGUGACAACCUUGAUGGCCUCUCCCCAUCUAAGCAGAGAGGUGGUAUGGCCCUAUCCCCCCGAAGGCCCACUCUUCCACCCCCAGACAAGGAGCUGCCUUCAGACCCAAAAGACAAACUGGGGAUGGGACUUGGCGUGGCGGCUCUCAGGUCAAACUUUGAGAGAAUCAAACGGGCCAACUCUCACUCAAGUGGAGAUGUAGGUAAGGGUCAGGAAAAGCAGUUACCACCCCCACUGUUCUACACCAACAUGGAAUUCCAUCACGAGAGGGGUCUGGUCAGGGUCAACGACCGGGAUGUGUCAGAUAAAAUCAGCUCCCUGGGUACUCAGGCCAUGCAGAUGGAGCGAAAGAGGUCUCUCCACUCUCUCCCAGGUAAUCUGGCAACAGUGGCAGGUGAGCUCCGUGCCAGGCCUGUGUAUAGAGGAAGGUCUACUGAGAGCACCUGUGGCUAUGAUGCUGAAUACGAAGACGGGGAACCCAACCAGCGGCAUUCAGGAAGGGCUAAUGGGGGCAAGCCUCCACCCCCUCCUUGGCAGCCACCUGAGUUCCAGGCUUACUCCAGUGUCUAUGUUGGUGGGGUAAUGAUGGGUGAAGGUGGCAGUGGAGGCGGCAGUGGGGUCACAAUGAAAGACCACAGCGGAGGUGACGAUCACCUGCUGACAUGGCCACGCCGCUCCUACUCCCCAGGUAGCUUUGAGGAUGCAGGGGGAGGUGGAGGUUACACGCCAGACUGCAGCUCAAACGAGAACUUGACAUCUAGUGAGGAGGACUUCUCCUCUGGACAGUCCAGCCAUGUUUCCCCGAGUCCUACUACAGGGUUCCGACGGCCAUUCAGAGAGAAGAGCCGCUCACCUUCCCAGAAUUCCCAGAACUCCCAGCACUCCUACGACAGCAGCAGCCCUCCUACGCCACAGUCACAGAAGCGUCACCACAGGCAGCAAGGAGGCCAUGUGGUCAUGUCGGAGGCCACUAUUGUGAGUGUUCGCAAGACGGGUCAAAUCUGGCCGCCUGCUGCACACCAUGACCUCAUCCACCACAGUCGAGCAUCCCACGACAACAGUUUUCAUGGAGACCACCUUGGUAAGUCAGCACGGCUAUCUCUAAUCUUUGUUAUACUGAAGUUAGUCAUGCCUAAUUACUCUUGGCUAUGGUUGCUCUUCUUGUGCUUCCUCUUAAAACCACAUUUUAGAUGA